AUGUCCGGCAACAUUGAAUCGCUUACGAUCAAGGAGGAGGAUGCGAUGAAGUUUUUAGCUUCGCAAACGCACAUCGGGGCGCCCAAUGUUACUCUUCACAUGCAACAAUACGUCUACAAACGACGCGCUGAUGGAACCCACAUCAUCAACUUGAACAAGACGUGGGAGAAGCUUCUUCUCGCUGCCCGAGCCAUAGCCGCCAUUGAAAAUCCAGCGGAUGUUGUCGUCGUCUCGGCUCGUCCCUUUGCCCAUCGUGCACUGAUGAAAUAUGCUGCCCACACUGGAGCCACACCAAUUUUCGGGCGUUUCGCCCCAGGAGCACUCACAAAUCAAGUACAGAAGAACUACCGUGAGCCUAGAGUGAUCAUUAUUUCUGAUCCAACUAUCGAUCAUCAGGUUGUCACUGAAGCUUCUUAUGCCAACGUGCCAGUGAUCAGCUUUACAAACACGGAUUCACCAUUGAAACUGGUCGAUAUUGCAAUUCCAUGCAACAACAAGGGUGCACAAUCUUUGGGACUGAUGUGGUGGCUCUUGGCUCGCGAAGUGCUGACUCUGAGGGGAAAAAUCUCACGUCAAACGGGCUUUUGUUUGGACGGACUUGAUGUGAUGCCCGAUCUCUACUUCUACCGGGAUCCCGUCGAGCAAGAAAAGGAAGAAGCUCAACAACAAGCCGCUGCUGAAGCUCAUGUUCAAGCCGAAACUGCUCAAUUAUACGAUAGUCCAAUCGACUUUGCCGCUCAACCAGAAAUCAAGGAUUGGGCUGCUGAAGCUGCCUCUGAGAAUUGGGCCCAACCCGUCGCUGCAGGAGGAAAUGCUGGCGAUUGGAAUCAAGCUACUGCUAACAACUGG